AUGGACUUUAUUCGGUUCAAAAAUUGUAUUGUAUCAAAUAUAUCGCUAUGGAAAUAUUGCAAAUUUUAUUCAAAUUACUGCAUAAAUCUUGUUUUUAUGAAGGAUUUCGAUAGGUUACCACUUGUGGGUUUUUCGAUUUGUUCUGGUUUUGAAAUUAUUAAACAGAAACUGCAUCCAAAUAAUACGGUAGCGUACAAGAGUUGGGAUUUACCAGAAAUGCCGUUAUGGGCGAAGAAUCGUGUAGAAGCAGAUGAUUAUCUACGAAUAUUGUUACGGUUUGAAAAUAAACGCUUAGGUGUCUGUUUUCGUCUUAAUUCAUUCCCACCAUCAUGUUAUGUUUAUUUCGAUUAUCUUCCGAAUCACCCAAUGGAAGAGUUAUAUUUAGCACUGGCAAACUGUAAAAUGUUCAAUGAACAGGGCAUACCUCUUAUUGCAAUUUUAAAUCCUCUCGAAAUGUUUACAUGGACAGUGCAAAAGAAAUAUAAGGCUGUCAAUAAAGAUGAUCGAAAAGCUAUUAAACCAUCGAUGGAAAUCGUGACAUCUACUGAGUCCAAGAAGACCAUAACACCAUUAUGUACAUUUUGUUGGGAACGACCAAUCGAUGUGCUUUUUAUGCCAUGCAAUCAUGCAGUAUGUUGUAAAUUUUGUAAGGAUAAUUAUAUCAAACAUGAACGACAACAAAAUAAAGCAAAAAAGUUAUCAAUGGAUAUUGUGUGCCCAGUUUGUCGGAAAAAAAUUGAAAGUGUUGCACAAAUAUGGUUUCCCAAAAUUUGUCGUUGUUUACUGUGUACAUAUGAUUGUAAUAUGAUGUCAGCAGUUGCUGGUGGUGAAAAUGGUUGCGGAUGUGUUAUUGGAUGUUAUGAGAAAGCGCGAAAAUUAUGUGAUGAGGGUGGUUCAUGUCCACAUUGUCACAAAAAGCUUAUUGAUGUGUUGCAAAUUUUCAUUCAAGGUGAGUGGGAACAAUGA